AUGUCUGGAGAGGCAGAGCCAAGGCGCUCGGUCAGAGCGACCAAAGGUCAACACACGAAAUCAUUUGACGAACUCGAACCUGCGGUGCCACCGAAACGACGACAAACCAAGAAAACGAAGAAGGCACAAGAGAAGGACCACUCUCAGGAGCCCGACGAGGUGAUUCGGUGUGUUUGUGGAGCAACCGAACAAGACGAAGAUUCGGGGGAGGCCUGGAUCUCCUGCGAGACGUGUUACGCUUGGCAACACAAUGUGUGCGUGGGCGUGAGCUCUUUCGAGGACGAGAUCCCUGACAACUACUGGUGCGAACAGUGUCGGCCUGAAGAUCACAAAGAGCUUUUGGCAGGCAUGGCCAAAGGAGAAAAACCAUGGGAGGCUCGACGGAGGGCACACGAAGAAGAGGAGGCUGACAGAAAGAAGAAAAGGGGAGGACGCAGGGCCAAGGGCAAACGCAGCAGCGAUCCCAAGGACGAGCUUGAAAAGGAUGGCAAGGCCAGGGCAAAGGCGUCGCCUGCGCCUGAACCUGCAUCAAAGGAUAAAAGGGAGCCCGGCUCAAAGCAGGGCAAGCGAAAGGCUAGAGAGGAUUCUCUCGACACAGACGCCAAGACAGCCAAACAGCGUCGAUUUUCAGAGCGCGACGCGGCGCCUGGGGUCAUCAAAUACACCAAACCUGACGAUCUUGCGUCGUCGAUAUCAGAAUUGGCCGCCUCACGUUCUGGUCCCGCAAAAGCUCUGAAGAAAUCGAUCGGUCAUGUUCUGGCCACGAUUGCAAAAGAUGGAGAUCUCAAGGUUCCCGAAGGCAAGACAGAAGACGGCAUGUCGGAAGAAUAUGCCUUGCAAAUUGAGCGCGCUGUCUACGACACGCAUCCGGCAUCGAAGGGCCAAAAAGAGUACAUUCAGCAGAUAAAGUCUCUGACCUUCAACCUCAAGAACAACCCUGAAGUCAUGCAGGGCCUGUUGCAUGGGGUGCACUCGCCCACAACGCUUGCCGUCAUGACUUCGGAGCAGCUCGCCUCGGCCGAACUGCAAAAGCAGACUGCUGAGAUGAGGGCCAAGGCGGAGAAGCAAUCCAUCCUAUACACACAAGACACCGGCCCCCGCGUUCGAAGGACUCACAAGGGAGAGGAGGUAGUUGAGGACGAAACUGCCCUCAACGAAGCCCCUAUGCCGAUGGCUGGCGGUCCCCGGAAAGGCGACAGCCAGCAUCCACUACUUGUCAAGCGAGAAUUGACCGGAGGGGAUCACGGCGAGUCGAGAGCGAGAUCGCCGUCUCAGUCCGAAGCUCAGCACUCACCCUCGCAAUCCAAGUUCGACAUCAACAAGGUGUUUUCGACAGUCAAGUCGCCGACGCUGUCCCAGAACCGCCGACCGUCGGCGCCGGUUGUCAAUACCAACGGCCCCGGGUUCGAUCCAGACGUUGAUCGAAUGCUCCAAGACGAGACAGAGUCUCCGCCCUAUUCGCCGACGGAAGAAUCGCAAGACCCGGAUGUCAUAUGGAAGGGUUCCCUGGCCAUGAGCUCCAUCGCAGACUUUCAAGCGACGGCCAAGCACGUCGGCGGCGCCAACUUCGCCUCCUUUGGUCCCUGGUCAAAGCUCAUUCCCAAGCGGAUGACGGUUGCCGGACGCAUCCCACAACAGAGCGCCAUCGAGUACCUGUGCAGUCUCCGGUACAGCAACCUCACAGACAUUGUCGUGGUCAGCAUCACGCCGACGUCCGCGGAUUCCCAGGCAGACUUCAAGGCGCUGGUCGACUACUUCCUCAGCAAGAGUCGAUACGGAGUCGUCGGAAACAAGGUGGCAGGAAAUGUCAGGGACACGUACCUCGUGCCCGUGCCGGCCGGCGACGACGGCCACCCAGAGUUCAUGCUCAACCUCGUCGACAACUACAUCCCCAAGACAAGAACGCAACCCAUGCUCCUGGCCGUGUUUGUGUACCGCAACGAGCCAGACCAGCUCAAGCAAACCAAGGAGGAGCUCACCCCGGCCGCCACGCCGCAGCCUCCCAGCGUCACUGCCUCGCCGACACCCGUGCCCGGGGGGCAGAGGAGCAACUCGACGUCGGGGCCGGCCUUUUCGCCUUCAACGCCUCAGGGCGCGUUUGGUCAGCAACAGCACGGAGGGCCGCCCCAGCCCCAGUCCACCACGCCGGUUCCCAUCCCGCAGCCGCCGCACAUGCAACGACCGGCUCUGCAGACGGCGGUCCCUCCGCCGAGCCACGCCGUGCCAGAGUCGCAGAAGUUCCAGGCUCAGCGGGCGGGACAAGCCAUCGCAGCACAGGUGCUGGGCGACUUGCUCUCCGUGCCCACGGCGCAAUUCCUACUGCCUCAGGCGUUCCAGAUGUCGCGGCGCGAGUGGGAAGUGAUAAGGUCCAUCUACGAGAAGGACCCGCGGGCGCAGGAGGAUCUCACGUACCUGGGCGCUCUCCUGGAGAAGCAAGGCUGCGAGAAGCAAGCACCGUCGAGUGCCGUGGGCGCGCCGCAAUAG